UCUUUCAGCUAUGAAAGGACUUGCAGUCACGCCUCUAUUAAAAGCUGGAGUGAAAGUUUGAUCCUCCUUCACAACUAAUUGAAAUCAGCAAUCCCUGGGCUAACAUGACUCUCUCCAAAGAUGUGGAGGUUCAGCAACCUACAGCUGAUCUUGGCAGUGUGAGCUUCCAUCCACCUACAAAGGAUAUGGAGUACACCAGCAGUGGCAGCAGCCUUGAGCAGAUGGAUGGAGGGGUCUUUCAGCUUGUGGAGCCCCCUCGAAGGUCCACUGGCAGGCUGAUCAUGCACAGCAUGGUCAUGUUUGGGAGAGAGUUUUGUUACGCUGUGGAAGCGGCCUUUGUGACCCCGGUUUUGCUCAGUGUGGGCCUCCCUAGGAGUUUGUACAGUUUUGUUUGGCUCAUUAGCCCCAUUCUGGGGUUUGUUCUCCAGCCCGUGGUGGGCUCUGCUAGCGACCAUUGUCGCUCCCGCUGGGGGAGGAGAAGACCCUAUAUUCUCGCAUUGGGGAUUCUGAUGGUUCUGGGGAUGACUUUAUAUCUUAAUGGAGACACAGUCAUAUCUGCCGUAUUUAAAGACAGCGGUGGCGUUGAGAAGAGAACUUGGGCAAUAGUAAUUACCAUGCUGGGAGUUGUGGCUUUCGACUUUGCAGCGGACUUUAUUGAUGGACCGAUAAAAGCCUAUUUGUUUGAUGUGUGCUCACACCAAGAUAAGGAGAGAGGGCUUCAUUACCACGCUUUAUUGACAGGACUUGGAGGAGCACUGGGAUAUUUCACAGGUGCCAUUGACUGGGGCUCUACGAUUCUCGGAAAGCUGAUGGGUUCUGAAUUCCAAGUCAUGUAUUUCUUUGGAGCUUCGUGCUUCAUGGUGCUUCUUGUCGUACACUUCUGCAGCAUUCCGGAGGUUCCCCUAGUAGAGAACGACAAAUCUGAGUCCAAGCCCCUCCUGACGCACAAUGGGUUAGGUGCAUACGGCUCUAUAGACAAAGCACAGAACGGCAAUUUUAAGAUUACAGAGCCAAAACUAACAUCUUUACCACACAUAGAUGAUGAUGAAGAGGAAGACCCAAAGGUGCAGAAACGCAUGACCCUUAAGUCCCUGAUUCAUGCUUUGCUAACGAUGCCACCUCACUACCGUUACCUAUGUAUUAGCCACCUAAUUGGCUGGACGGCAUUCCUUUCCAACAUGCUAUUCUUUACAGAUUACAUGGGGCAGAUCGUUUACCAUGGAAACCCAUACGCACCUCAUAACUCUACUGCUUACCUCAUCUACGAGCGGGGGGUGGAGGUUGGCUGUUGGGGCAUGUGCAUCAAUGCCAUCUCAUCCUCAUUAUACUCCUAUCUCCAGAAAGCACUUCUACCCUAUAUUGGGCUAAAGGGCCUGUACUUUGUUGGAUAUUUACUCUUUGGUCUAGGAACCGGGUUUAUUGGACUGUUCCCCAAUGUUUACUCUACAUUGGUCUUAUGUUCCCUCUUUGGUGUAAUGUCCAGUACCCUCUACACUGUCCCUUUCAAUCUCAUCUCUGAGUACCAUCGAGAAGAGGAGCAUGAAUCCCGUUUGCAGGGGAAGACAGAGCACAGAGGGAAGGGGAUUGACUGCGCUGCCCUCACGAGCAUGGUACAGCUGGCUCAGAUCAUUGUAGGUGGUGGUCUUGGAUUUCUGGUCAUCCUAGCUGGAAGUGUGGUGGUAGUCGUCAUCUCCGCCUCCACAGUAUCACUCAUUGGCUGCUGUUUUGUUGCUUUAUUUGUUCGAUAUGUUGAAUAAUAAUAAUAAAAAAAAAAAACUUUCUAACCUGAA